AACAGCCACGGAGAACACUGAUAUCUUAUUCAUACCAUUACACACAGCUGUAUUUUUUUUUUAUUCUUAUUAGACACAAACUUAACUUAGAAGGGAAAAUGUAUGUAGAUCUUCACAUCGCACCAAAUAAACAUACCAUCUAUUACAUAAGUUUGUUGAAAGCUAAGUUAACAAUAUUUUAUAUCAAAAUAGGAAGGAAAAGGAUACUUGAACUUUUUUUUUAACCUUAAUUCAAUCUGAGUGAUACAACAGUUUUUAAACUUAACUAUACACUACCAACAGGUCAAUUAAUUCAACACGUUUAUUAGACAAUUUUCUGUAAAUGAAUAUGUAGAUGAACCAAAAACUUUUUGAAAUAAUCCAGUUUAACAUGUGUAUUUAAUAAUAUUUAGGUGUGGAUAUAGGCAUAUAAGUAUACCUCUAGUUGACGACUCUACUGGCAUGGUAAUACUGAAUGAAAUUGGAAAUUUUAAAGAUUUAUUGAAUUGCAAUGGCGUCUAACGAUGAAGGAGGGGCACAGGUUCUGAAAACUUGUGAUUUAUGUGAAAAAGACCCGGAUAUCAGAUACAAAUGCAUGGAUUGCAAUAAGUUUUUAUGUGAAAAGUGUAAAAAAAUACAUAAAAAUGUACCUACUCUGUCAUUACAUGAUAUUUGUGACUUGAAAUCAGAGCUUUUAUGUCGGGUAAAUACAAAAGUGAGAAUGGAUAAUAUACCAUGUAGUUAUCACAAGAAAUUUCAAUGUAUGUUUUGUAAAGAUUGUGAAGUUUUAGUUUGUUCUGAAUGUAUUUCUAAAUCCCAUCAAAAACAUUGUUUGGAAUCUCUUGAAAAGACACGUGAAGGAAAACUAAGCAAACUUGAGAGAUAUAAAGCUAAAAUAGAAAAAGAUGUUUAUUGUCUACAAAAGUCAUAUAGUGAUUUCGCAAUCGUAAAAACUGAAUGGGAAAACAGUUUAGACGACAUCAGAAGUAAGAUUAACGAGAGAGAAGAUGAACUGAAGGAAGCUGUGACAAAAUAUGCAGCCAAGAUGAGAGAUGGUGUAAUAGAGAAAAAACGGGACGGACAUGAAAAUAUAUUGUUAAAACAAAAAAGAUUUGAAGAUAUGGAGCAUAUAUUGAAUAGCAAACUGGAAAUAUUAAAUUCCACGCAAUCAUCUGCUGGAGGAGAAAUUUUUGCAUUUGAACAGCAAGUCAUCAACUAUCAAAUACCAUGUGUAAGUGAAAAUAUCAUUCCGAGAAAGAACAUUAAAUAUCUUGAAAGAUCAACAUCUGAGGAAACAAUAUCGACCUUAUUCGGUUCUAUGUACCUUCUGGAUGUACCUUAUACGAUGGAUAUUACAAUUGAUAGAAGUUUAAACACCAAUUAUAGUAAUAUUGAAAAUUUAGUCGUAUCUGAAGGUGAAACUGCUUGGGUUUGUACAUUUGAAAACAACAAAGCUUCCGUUCAGAAAAUCUAUUUGACAGAGAUGUUAGGAACGGUGAAGCAACUAGACUUGCAUGCCUUUGACGUGGCUUUGUCUGAAAACAAUGAGCUAAUAAUUUCCAUUGAGUCAACGUCAGAAAUUAUGCGUGUUUCUAUUAACUGUGAGCUCGAGUCGGUUCUAGAUUUGUCUCCCUUCUUAGUAAAAGCAAUUCACGUGGCUAAAAAUGGCGACUUGUAUGUCGGUAUCAGAGAAAGCGGAGACCCUUUUGAAAUAACAGAAUCAAGCUGCAGAAAAAUUCUUGUAUACAAAAGUUCAGAUGGAAAACCAACGUCCCUUACGUUAAAUGUAUCUUACGAAUAUGACAAAAGCAAGCAGAGACUAUUUACUAGUCCUUGCAGAAUAACUACACUAUCAGACGGAGAUAUGGUCAUUGUUGGUGAUUGGAUAACUCAUAUUGAAGGAAGGUUGGUUGCUCUUAACCGUAAUGGUGAUCUGGAAUGGACAUACAAUGGGAAUUCUAAAAUAAACUCGGACACAAGUAAAUUUAGACCCUACGACAUUUUAUCAUCGCAAGAAGGAUACAUAGUUGUUGCCGACAAAAAUAAUCAUGCGCUUCACCUAUUGAAUGGCGCUGGGGAAUUAAUUACCUGCAAACUUUUGGAUGAGAUAGGUAUAACGUUACCAAAAGCGCUUUGUUUUGACUUUUGGGGAUACCUUUGGAUUGGAUGUUCUACUUUCCCAGAAGACAAAUCUGGCGCCAAUAUUUACGCUGUUAAAUUGGGUAUCUAAUAUAACUAUGAAGCAAACCAGCGAUCAUAACCACCAAUACUCUUUAUAUGUUUGUGUACAUUUAAAAAUUAAAUAACGGUCAAGAA